AUGGAGUACGCCGCAUGCGUUGGACAACCCAGAUGCACAGCAACGCAUUGCGGGCGUAUUUUAGGGCGAAAGGGGGAGAAACUGGAGGUUUUGCGUAUCGGGCAAGAAUGCAUCGACUUUUUGCUGAGCUGUAAGCCACCUGUAACCGUCACCGAGCAAAACCUGGCAGACCGAGUUUGGUAUAUCUUGCGCUCAAAUACAUUUGAUGUCACCGAACUCGAACGGCUACGACGUGAGGCUGUUCCUUCAUCGGGUGAAAAUGCUGCGGCUGAGGAUGCGGCGCCACAACUUGCUGAGCAAACGGCAAAUGUGGAUGCCGCCGUGAAUAGGCCAGUUGUGGUUGAUUCAAACGAUGACAGAACAGUCGCCCAGGAACUGGAACUAAUGGUACAUUGGAGGAGGCGAUUGUGGAAACGCGCAGUAUGCCUCUCGAAAAUCGACUGCGACUUCCCCCGCAUAGCCCUAAGCAAGCGGAAUCGGGCUGUCGUGAGGGCUCUGAACCCAAUGCUGGUGACCUAUUUGGAAGCCAGCUUUGCGAGACGGACUCAAUUCUUUUUGGCGCCGCGUUGGCAGUCUGCCGUAUCAUAG